AAAAAAAACAUCCGCACAUUUCAGUCAACCACUCAUAAUGCACAACUCACGCUUCCACUCCCUUGCCGCUCGUCUGACCCCCCACGGUCUCCGUACCUCGUUGCGCAGCCGCCGGUCCCGCUCAUCGUCGUCCUCGUCCCGGACUAGCAGCUCAGACGGCGAGGUGGAAAGACUCGUAUCGCCAACCAGCUCGACGGCCAGCCGCAGCACGCUCAACCGCGCCGGCAGCAACAUGAGCUCUUUGUUCGGCAUUCGAUUGGUGCCUUCAGAACCCGAGGACGAGGAAGAAAAGGCCGGCCCCAAGGAGCUCACAAAUGUCUUGGAGCCAAGACCGACGGACGAUAUGUACUUUUGCAGUCUGGAGGAGAAGAUGCAGAUGCCGUCCUUUUGAGAAGGGCGGUGAAGCAGGCAUGCAUCAACCUACUACUGGGACAUAGGCGGCCAAGAAAGGAACGAUGUGACGUUAAUGGGGAAAAAAGAAAGAAAGAAAGAACCCCGACCCUCGCGAGCUCUGGCAGACAGAAGGAAGGAAAAUGAGGACAUGUCAAAUUGGGGGAGUAUUGGGAAUAAGGAUGGGAAAGGAAAAUAGGUAUUGGGAACUUGACGUCGGCGGCUGAUGUCCGACUGACUGGACAGGGAUACUGACCCGGCGUUGAGGUUAUAUAUUCUUGUUGGGGCUUUGUUUCUUGUCUCUCGCUGCAAAUAUUGAAAAUGGCCUGGAAUCAGCAGGCUUCUUUAUUGUCGGAACUAGGGGCGUAUUUUUU